UGUGGAGGGAAAAACAUUCGGUUUACAGUGAUGAACAACCUGCUGCCAUCAACCGUCAAGCUGCAUGAGAAGUAUGACAUGAAAGGCAGCACUUACAAGCGUAAGGCUUCCAAACAUGAACGCUCCAAGAGUUGCCCAACACUGAAGGAUCUAGACUUUAUGGAGAACCAUCCAGAGGGGCUGUUGCUGGAGAAGGAAACAUACGACGCACUGAUUAAAACAUUACAGCGGGACUGUCGGGUGUUGGAAAGUUUCAAGAUCAUGGACUACAGUUUACUAAUUGGCAUUUAUAACUUGGACCUGGUCAAGAAGGAGAGAAUGUCACAGAACGCCACCAGUGAAAUGUCUGGAGGCAACGAUACUGGAGGACCACAUACAGUUGACGGACAUCCUCCAAGUAAAUGGGCCUUUUCAAGUCACCACACAAGUUUACAACGUGGCAAAUCAUUCAAAACCAGAAUCGGCCAGUAUUCCACACCCAUGGAAUCCAUUCAGGGAAAUGCUGAAUUGCCGGAAGAUCUGAUGGACGAUGCUGAUGUCCCUCCUGGAGGUAUUCCAGCUCGAAAUGCCAAGGGGGAGAGACUGCUGCUGUAUCUGGGUAUCAUUGACAUCCUGCAGUCAUUUCGGCUGAAGAAACGUUUGGAGCAUACGGUCAAGUCCAUGGUCAUUGAUGGGGACACUAUAUCAGUUCACCGACCCAGCUAUUAUGCUCAGCGGUUCCUCCAGUACCAUGCUCAACGGGUGUUUAAGAAGACGUCAACAGGUUUGAAGCACUCUCCCUCUAAGAAGAAGUCGAUAGCCAGUAAAAUCAGAAGCCAGCCUCCCAUACAAGAGCAACAAGAGGGGGGCAGCAGCAGCAGUACUACACACAAGACUGAAAGGACUGGCCGAACCAUUAGCUUCUCUGAUGAAACACCUGUUGUAGGUUCUGGAGCUGUGGGUGGAAGACCAGACCUCCUUCCAGAAUAUUCCUCGGCACCAGUAGGGAGUUCCCACAGUUCUCCUUCCACGCAGUCACCUGCACACAGCGUGGAUGGAGGUGCCAGACAGCAGAAAAGAUCUGAAGCUUUUAACAUGACCACCUACUCCAGUGAGGAUGCACUUUCAGCUGGAACAGCCUCCACCGUCUCUCUACGAGGUGUUGGCGUCAACUCUGCCACCGGAGCUUUUCGAGGUCCAUCCCCUCCUUUGAGUUUGUCUGAAUCCACCCCCACACACACGGAUUUUACUGAAGGCACGCCCAGUUUCACCAACUCUAGCCCCAGUUGCUGCAGUGAUGUGAUGGCUUAUUGCACAUCAGCUGAAACCGGUUUGAUGCACACACACACACGUGCACACAACAAACUAGCUUAUUGCACAUCAGCUGAAACCGGUUUGAUGCACACACACACACACGUGCACACAAACAACUAUACCCAUCUUUCAGUUAGUAAGAAAAUCACACACAAACCCUUUUUUCGCUUGAUCAGUGUUGUGUUGUACUAA